GAUCAAAAACAUCAUCCAGACCAUCUCCAUUUUUGUUUUUCUUCUACAUAAAGCUAGAUCUCUUAGGGUAUUUUUCGACGUAAAAUAGUAUCUUCGCUUAAGCACUUACGGUCGCACUGUUGUCAGUAAGUAAAUAUUUUUAGAAAAAUGAUGCCGCUUCAGUGCAGAACUUGUGCAGAACCCAUUUUUAACGCCAAUCCAAGAAACUUAUUUAAUCAUGAGAACGAGGACAUUAGACAAAACAUCGAAGCUCUUACGGGUAUCAAGCUCUCUUUUGAUUCCCGCCUGCCAAGUCAUAUUUGCUCCUGCUGUUACCUGGACUUGGACCAUUCGAUGGCAUUUCGCUUGCGCUGCUUGGAUGCAAAUACCAAUUUGUUGAGCCAUAACCAUUUGGACUCGGAAGAUUUACACCCUUUAGAUCCAUUAAUUAAAAAUGAAAUCAUUGAAGUGCCAAACAAUGCAAGGAGUUUUGAGGGAAAAACAAAUACGAAGAUUAGUAGACAUAUAUCUAAAUCAAACCACCUUAAUCCUCGAGUACGAAUUAGGCGUUUUCAAAAUCCAGUAAAGAAUGGGACAAAAGCAUGUCGCAGCACUACCGAACAGGAUGACUCCAAACCAAUGUAUGAUAUUGCCGUGGCAAUCAGUGAAAAUAUUAAAAAAGCCAAGAAAAGAAAGCCGCGUGUUACGUCUUCGGAGAAGAAGUACAUUUGCCAUGUAUGCGGCUGGGCAUUUAGUGAUUUGAGCAACAUGAAAGAUCAUGCGUUGCGUCACUCGGGCAUUAAGAAGUUUCAGUGUCAAGAGUGCAGCAGUAAAUUCUUUACACGUUCUCAAUUAUCGCUUCAUGUUCGCGUUCAUCAUAAGGGUGAAAUGCCUUUCGUAUGUAAAUAUUGUGGAAUGGGUUUCCGCAAUAGUCCCAGUCGAUGUCGUCAUGAACUAAAGUUUCAUGCGAAUCAAUUACCAUUUGCAUGCAAUAUUUGUCCCAAAGCGUUUGUUAGCAAAAUCAGCUUAAACAAUCAUAAACAGACUCAUGAAACAGGCGAAGUGAUUUAUCGUUGUGAGCCGUGUAAUAAGACAUUCAAGGCACCUAUCUACUUAAAAAAUCACUAUAUAACAGAACGUCAUCGUCGAGUUCAAGAAGCCCAUGAAAAAACCAAAGAGUCUGCCGAAGUUGAAGAGAACAUUUAUAGCGAUGAUGAUAUUGACUUUGAGUUCGCAGAUUCAAUUAUUGAAGAGAAAUUCGAAUGUUUAAAUGCGCGCCUUUAACUUGCUAUUCACACCAUUGCGCUGCUACACACGCAUGCCAUUCUCGUGUUUGUUUACAUACAACAAAACAACAGCUCUGUCUGACGUCUAAAAUCGGAGUUGAUGCAUGAAAACAUUGCAAAUUAAACGAAGACGCUUUUUAAAAAAAUGUCUAUGCAAUGCAGAAUGUGUGCUGAAAAGAUAUUUAAUCCGAAUACCAAAAACCUUUUCGACGACGAUGGCGAUGAAAUCGUAUUGAACAUCGAAACUUUAACUGGCAUCCUGGUAA